AUGCCCAGAGGAAAUCACCAUCCACAUGGUGACUUUUUCGGAGGGAAAGGAUACAGCUAUCUUGCAGCAGAAGAAGCUCUGGGUAUUGGACUCUUCAUUUUGGUGCUGGCAAUUUUACUUAUCUUUGGCUGCUAUUAUUACAAAAGACGUAAUGGCUAUAAAAGUCUGCGGAACAAAAGCUCUAGUGUGGGCACAAUACGAACCGUGGUAGGUGAUGGAACAAUACCAGACUGCAAAAUGGCUCUGCAGGAAUACAGAAACUUUAAUUCUGUGGUACCUGGUGCUCCGCCUGCUUAUGACAAAAUUGCUGCAGAUCAGUCACCACCACCUUAUUCACCAUGA